GAAGGGUCGGUCAGCCAAUGCAUAGAGAGAACAUUCACUCUAGCCACACACCGAAGGUACUGCCUGCAGGCAAGUCCGGUGGCCCAUCCAACGAAGUGUCGGAACGUUGUGCACACACAUUACCCGAGAGCAUUGUCUGCCGUUAGUACAUAUGCAGCGACGAACACACUUGCUCAUCUCAUCCAUCUGGUCAGGUGUGCGCAACAUCGCACAAAAGCCUAGACGACGCCAUCUACACGCUUCUGCCUCACCACAGAUGGCUGCCUCAUUGAUCCCCAUCACACCCCCACAAAGCGACACACUCAGCCACCGCUCUCCCUUUCCCUUCGCCGUCGUCAUGCUCUAUCGGCAGCAGCAUCGGCAUGGUCGCCAUAUCCGUCUCGCGAGCCCUUCGCCCUCCCUCCGGUCCUCCCUGCAGCCAUCGCCUCUGCAGCAUCUCUGGCGGGAGCUUGAUGCUGAUCUCACGAGGGUCCAAGGCGGACUGCGAAGGCAUCUCCCUACUCUGCAGCAUGGAAUGAUACCGGCCGACGAUGGUCUUGACGUCGGGCAGCAUGUCGACUCUCGUCGUGGGGGGUCCGAGGGGUGGCGAUGGCGGGGGGAGGGGAUAGUCGCUCGGCGAUGCAGAGAGUGUCUCCACCUGGCUCGGACGGUUGCUGGCGCUGGGGGACGACCGACGGCUCAGAAGGGCGAGAGGUGGCGAGGGGUGGGCGGUUGACGAGCUGCUGGUGGUCGUGGUGGUCGUGGUGGACAGUCUCGUGGCGUGCCGCUUGGACGACGGCAGCGCUUCUGUAGUGCGAUGGGAGGCCCUCGCCUUGCCGUUGAAGAGGAGAGGGGGCAGCGACAAACUCAGCGCUUGAACGAGAGGAAUCUCGUGCCCACAAUCACCACUGUCACCACAUGCGUCCUCCCUCCUGACAGCCGCAGACGCGCCGAAGACUCUCGGCUGAUGGUGCUGCUGGUCGUUGUCCUUUGCUGUGGCUGUGAGGACGCUCGCCGGGUGGAACGGGGGAGGGGAAGGGGGGCCGGCGGCAGACUCGUCACCGUCACAGACAGAGAGACAUUUGGCCCGGGGGAGUGGAUGGGGCAGGGCUGGCAGCACCGGCAAGGAAGGAAACGCCUGCCAGUGCUCGUGACUCAAGGUGGCCGACCAGUGGUACCUGAAAACCAAAUAAAGGAGGAGCUGAACCGCUCUUUGAUUUCUGCGUCUGUGCUGUUUUCACCCUUUAAGGGCUCCCACGAUUGCGCUGCGCCACUCCGACGCGCCAGACACCUUGUCUAACGGCUCCUGCAUGCAACACAUCAGAGCCGCAGUAACGUGCAUCACGUGUGUCUGCAUUCCCAUCGAUGUUCUUACGUGAUUGCCCCUCAGUGUCGGUCCCGCCAGCUGUGGAUACUCGUACUUAAGCUGCGCCUGGUAGAAAUGUUCCAGCCCCCUCACUGCCCUCGACGCAUCCGUGCCCUCCGCCCCAGUCCACAUGAGAGCGCGACGCUCCCUCGCGGCGUCGUCUGGCGGGUCGCCAGUCGGCAUUGGGCUUGGGGCGUCCUCCAAGAUGGAGAAGGGCGGGAUGAGCUCGAUGGAUGGGUGUGCGGGCGGGGUCGGGAGGAGGGGGGCUGGGCCUGGCUAUGCAAAGAACGGCACAUGAGAGGGGUCAUGGGGAAAAAGGCCUGCCUGUGAUGCCCACCUGGCUUGACGAUGUGUCUGAAGGGGUCUUGUCUGAAUGAGACAUCACCCGGCUGUUGCGUGGUGGUGCCACCGCCGCCACUGUCAGAUGCCACCUGGUGCUGGAAUGGCACGAUGUGGCAGACGUCGCUCAUGCGCUCCUGGAGGAAGACCGCCAGCUUGGUGAAGCCCAGAGACUGAAAAUGGAGGUUCUCGCCGUGCUUCAACCGAUACAGCUCACGCACCUGCGACAGACACACGCCUGCAGUGCAGGCAGGAUACAGGAGACAAAAAGCAAGCGGCCAAUGGGCAAUGGUGUCCAUCUAUCUGCAUGCCGACUUGCCUCUCGGAUGCGUCUCCAGCAUCUCCGCGAGUUUCCUCUUGAUCUGCGCCACACGCAAGGCCUCCCCACUCAUGCCGGGAUGCAGCAUGAGGCUGCCACCCACACACGCAUCGUCGCUCUCCGCUCUGAACGGCGGCGUGACGCUGGGCUGCGGUGGAUGGUUGCUGCUCUUGAGGAGCUCGGUCUGGAAACGCUGAUUGGCGCGGGCCCACAGAGCUCUGGUGAGUGGGCUGCAGGCCACCAGGGGCUUGAUGCAGUUGUUGUCGUAACUGAGACAGGAAGAAAAGACCGUGCUUACAUGCAAGAGAGGUGGUGGUCCAUGUGAAUGUGUUGAGUUGCCCACCCUGCCAGGUUGAGGUCGAGGGUGAGCUGGAUCAGCUGACACAGCCGCCCUAACGUCAAGCCACGCAAUAAUGGAGGACCUGAGCAACACAUCAACAUGUGGAAGCCAGCCUUUUUCCCUGCUCCGGGUGUGUUGUAUUGCCUGAUCGUUUGAUCUCGCUGGCCAUGAGGAAUCGCCCGCCCCCAAAGCCGCCCAGUGCCCCCAUGCCGAUCCCCGCACCUGACAUAGACACACAUCGCCAGCCCACUCGCCCACCCCGCAUCCUACCGUCUUGUGUCUCACUCACCGAGAGUGCCCUGCCCUCUGGCGAUCUGGUUGGCGGCCACGCGCAUCUUGUCUAGGAUGUACAGCAGCAGCACGCCAAAGUACCCACAGCUAUAGUCAUAUGGAAUGACCGAUCCGCUCGGAUCGAUAAACCCCUCAAAGCCCUCGGGCGUUUGCUGCAGAUAGAUGUGCGCAUCCCUCCCGUGCGAACCCCCCCCACCCCCUCCCGCUCCCCCACUGCCAGACGCCCUUGUGUUGGGCGAGGAAUCAUCGCCGUGGCUGCUGCUGCUGCUGCUGCCGACCUGCGACACCUGGAAGACAUCUGGCGUCUGGCUGCACAGAUCCAAGAAGUGCUGAUGCAGGUACCCGCAGCAACACACACUGGUGGUGGUGCGCUGCCCGCCCUCCUCAGCCCCCCGGCCCCCCUUGUCCGACCGAUGAUGCCGCAUGCGCUCCAGCCGCCUCCUGACCUCGCUGCUCAGCGGGCGGAUCUGCUGUGCAUACAGCUCACGCACAAGGGACUGGAGGAUGCUGAUGUGGUCCUGGCGCGAGAAGCCGCACGAGCAGUAGGACGCCCGAAACACAGUCGCGUUGGUGAAUACAGUGGCAUGGGGUGCGGCUCCUUCCUUGGGCUUGAAAGGGGGAGGGGGCGGCCACUGAGUAGUGCGGCCAUGUCCAUGGCUGUGCGUGCGGCCCCGUCCUUUGCUGUUGAAUGUGGUGUGCCGUGGAGGGGGCAGCGGGCCGCGGUGGCCAUUCGUCACGCCGGGGCUGCCGGAGUGAUCUCUCCUCUCCCAUCCAUUCGGGCCGUCGUCUCGGCCGGCAGCAGGCACCAUGAACGGUGGUGCAUUCUCGUGCUGCCGCUCACUGUAGGGGAAGAAGUGGUAUGGCGGCGCAUCUAAUGGACUCAGAUCGCCCUCGUCCGUCCAGAAGGGGACCGUUGGCUGCUGCUGCUGCUGACGUCCUGAGCUGAAGCCGUCAUAGCUUGAAUGAGGGCUGUCGGCGGCCUGCGAUGGAUAAAAAUGAGCAGAAUCGAUGAAGGGAUCGGAAUAAGCCGAGUAGGCAUCCCCAUAGAACGGUGGCGCAUGCCAAGAGCCGCUCUGCAUCAUCAGCCAGCCGUCACCGCCAAGUUACACCAUAACAGUCGCUCCAAAACACCAUCUUGUGUCGCAUUA